GUUUGUGAUGUCACUCAUUGUUAUAAUAAGGAACAUUUUGAUGUUUCCCCUUGGGGUGUUUUUGGACCGCUAUGGCACAAGCAGGACAAGGCUAAUAUCAAUGUGUCUGAUCGCGCUAGGGUCUCUGACGAUGUUAUUUUCAAGUAACGUGCAUCCAUGGUUGAUAUUUCCCGCUCUGUUAAUGAUUGGCGUUUCUGGAAUGAUUGUUCUCAUCACAGACCUCCAGGUCGCCAACCUGUUUGGUGCCCGUCGUUUGACCGUUAUGUCCAUUUUAGUUGGUUCUUCACAAUCUGGAGGACUUGUGAUAUUGUUUAUGAAGCUCACUCGUGAGACGGAUGUUACGUUGCAAACCUCAUUCAUGUUCAUAAGUAUCGGUUUCGUUCCGGUUCUAAUUUCUACAAUUGCCAUGCUACCUCGGUCGCGAAUACCCUGGCCACUACCAGCAAACUACGGCAAAAGCAAGGGGAUGGAAUCAGACCCGAAGGCCUGGAGAAGGAGGAUAUCUGUUGGCGCCAAGAGGAAAGGAGAUAUAACUGACAUAUUGCCCUUUAUUCGCACGAAGCUGUUUCUGUUCAUGAUUAUCUGGCUAUCUUUGUUGAGCUUUAAAUCGCUUGCUUUUGACCUUAACAUCGAUGUCCAUUUGGAGAAACUUGGUAUUGUCGAAACGGAACAAUACUUAAGCAUGUUUGCAAUGUGCAUGUUACUCUGUCUUCCAUUGUCAUUUAUGAUUGGCAUUCUCAUGGAUUGUCAUAGUAAUAGAGUACAACAAAACCACGUACAGCAAAUGCGAAACAUUCUAAACGCAAUAUGUGUGAAUUACAUCAUAUCACUUGCCAGCAGUGUCACUUCCCUUUUUCCGAGCUUUGGGUUACAGACGAUAGCAUACAUUUUAGUAGCUGCGGAAAAAGUCACAUUGUAUGCAACGCUGUUUGCGUUUUUAACACACGUGCACUUUCCUGCCGAACAUUUUGGAAAGUUGACUGGGGUUGCAAUAUCAGUCUCCGGUGUGGUACUCGUUUUUCAGUAUCCUUUGAGGAUAUUGGUGAACAGCGGUCUAUCAACAAAUAUGUUUUAUACGAAGAUAAUCCUGUUAGUCCUGAUUCUAAUAUCUGGAUGUCACCCCGUCUCUGUCUGGUAUCACAUCAGAACCGGUCAAAUCCACAACCAAACCGAGUAUAACGAAAAUGACAAGGCGGUUAACAUGGUAAUGAUAGACAAGGGAGAUAGUGAGGAGCAGGCCACUAAUAUGAACGCUGUAGCAACGUCUGGAGCAGAAAGUGAUUCCGCUAAGCCCAAAUGUCUUCAAAUUACAGACCUUUGAACAUGUCCUUGUUAGUCUAUCAUUUUUGAAAUAAAAUGUGUCGGCGAUUUUUCAAAUUCUGUCAAUAUCUCGGGUGAUGUUACACGGAUUGAAAAGGUAAAAUUUUGAUACGGAAACAUAUUGCUUCGUAGAUAACAUUGCCUCACAUACAAAGUGUCAAGCCAAAACUAAACGUAUUCCACUUUUUAUCAAGUGUAGGAAAGGAAACAGAGAAUCAGACAUUGUUGAAGUAGUUUAUCAGAAUAUUUGGAAUAUGUUUUCAAAUACUCCAUUAUAGUAAGUAAAAAACGAAAUAUUGUUUGUUAUGGCUAUUAUAUAAGCUAGGCAGAACGUACUUGAUCAGAGCGUUUAUCUAGGAAUAAUGUGGGAGAUAAAAUCAAUUAAAGAUGCAUGUGAUGUGAUGGUCGUUUCUGCGAUAUGAAUAUUGUCAUUCCCAUAAAGACCUGUUAAUGGAUAAUCUGUAAGUGUUUGUAUUGCAUUCAUCAAAAACAUAACAUUGAUUACCAAUCGAUGGAAAAACUCAUUUUUUUAUAUCUUUUUAAAGUUUAAUUUAUGCUUUGAAACCUUUCUUUAUUUCUGAAUUGCCUGUGUAUUUAUAUUUACCAUAUACAAUUGUGUCAUACCAUUUUUUGGUUUUAAAAACAUUUUUCUUUAGAUUGGUAUUUAAAAAAACAAACAACUGAUUUUAUUCAAACCUGUACGUAAAACAUAUAAGAUAAUUGUUAACCGUAAACUUAGCCA